CACUUUUUGUUUGUUUUGUGCUCUUGUGCCAGAUAAUGAUGGCCUGCGACUGUAAUGCACUCAAAUUAUAUAAGAGUUCACUGCCCAGAUGAUUUUCUUAAUGUUGAAUGCAAGGCCCAAACUCAACGCCCCUGUUCUUUUAUAAAGCACCAUCCCAAAGGGACCUUUUGGGGCAUGCAAUAAAAGACCUCAGUACUUAAUUUAGAUUUGUUCCCUGCAGUGGAACUCAAUGUGUACCUCCAAAGCUCCCUUGUUCCUGCUAUGGAAACACAUAACAGCUUUAGAUUUGUUCUCCCCUGGUAUGCAGAAAGUCAUUAUCACCAUUUAACACCACGCAAGACGUUCUCUGUUUGUACCAUUUGACUGUUUGUAUACAGUUGAACUGUGUCCAUCCCAGCCCUCCCCUCUCCUCGCCUAUUGUGACCUCAUUGGGGACAGACAGAGUCCCUCUCUUUUACCCCUCAGGACCUUUGUCGUCAACCAACAGACCAAUCAAUGCACAGCGACAUUAAAUAACUCCACAUGCAGUCACAGAGCACUCACUGAACACAGAGAGCUAAUUUUGGAGCCGUGCAGCAUUCAGACAAACCACCUGCCCCCGUCUCUCACUGCUGCAGACUGCUGGUGGUGUGGAGACGUUGGACACGGGACAGGCAGGAGCAGUGUGCUGGGGGUCUGUCGGAGGAGCACUGGGAGAAUGUCAGGGAGCAAGCCGCUACCGAACCUGCCUCUCAUUAAAGAACUAGAGCUCAUCUUGGAUUCCUGCACACUAGAGCUCACACCAGUGGAUGAAGUCUGGCCCAACCUGUACAUAGGAAAUGUGGCCGUUGCACAGAAUAGAAAGACAUUACAAAAGCUUGGCAUCACUCAUGUCCUGAACGCAGCACACUCCAAACAAGGCAGCAUCGGCGACCAGAGUUUUUACGGGAACACCUGUAUUUACCUUGGCAUCCCGGCAGAGGAUUCAGAUCACUUUGACCUCAGUCAGUACUUCAAACUUGCAGCUGACUUUAUACACAAAGCGCUGAGGAGCAAAGACGGUAAAGUGCUCGUGCAUUGCAUCAUGGGUGUGAGUCGAUCAGCCACUCUGGUCCUGGUAUUCUUGAUGCUUCGGCAGCGUCUCCCUCUAAGAGACGCUCUGAGGCAAGUCGUCCAAAAACGAGCCAUUUACCCAAACCGGAACUUUCUGUCUCUCCUCCUCAAGCUGGAUGAACAGCUGGCUCUCAAACGGAGGUUGUGUCCUCUUCUCUGACGUCUGACUUUCACCUCCUCCAAGCCCCAUCAUUAUUAUUUUUUCACCUCAUGAACUCUCUUUCUUUCCGAUGGGUUACACUCCUCUUACAUAGCGUAGACAA